ACAAACAAACAAAAAAGGUAAUAAACUGCCAUACCGUUACUUUUGAUUAAAAAACAUCUUAUAUCUCCUUCUCUUGUGAAAUGAAUUAAAAAUUAUUUAUAACAGACAAAGACAUUUCCCGGAAAAAGGAAAUCGAGAGAUACAGAAAUGGAUUUGCUACCAUCGGAGACAUCACAGAUCGCGAAGAAACAUAGAUUCCGGUCACUAAAACUGGUCAACAUCGACCUAGACCAAGUUCUAGAAGGUGAACCUUUCGGCGCUGAGUACGGCCGUCUCGAUAACGGCCUCUUUUACUACGUCCGCCUUAACUCCAAGCCUCGAAUGCGUGCUGCUCUCGCUCUCGCCGUCAAGGCCGGCUCAGUUUUGGAAGAGGAAGAGGAGCGUGGAGUUGCACACAUAGUAGAGCAUCUCGCAUUUAGCGCGACGAAAAAAUAUACGAAUCAUGAUAUUGUUAAGUUUCUCGAGAGUAUUGGAGCUGAGUUUGGUGCUUGUCAAAAUGCUGUUACUUCUGCUGAUGAAACUGUAUAUGAGCUUUUUGUGCCUGUUGAUAAACCUGAAUUGUUGUCUCAGGCUAUUUCAGUUAUGGCUGAGUUUAGUACUGAGGUUAGGGUUUCUAAAGAUGAUUUAGAGAAAGAAAGAGGAGCUGUUAUGGAAGAGUAUAGAGGGAAUAGGAAUGCUAGUGGAAGAAUGCAGGACGCUCAUUGGGUUCUCAUGAUGGAGGGUUCUAAGUAUGCUGAUCGAUUACCAAUUGGAUUAGAGAAAGUGAUUCGGACAGUUUCUGCUGAAACUGUAAAGCAGUUCUACAGGAAAUGGUACCAUUUGCAUAAUAUGGCAGUGAUAGCGGUUGGAGAUUUUUCUGAUACCAAGAGUGUAGUUGAGUUAAUAAAGAUGCAUUUCGGUCAGAAAGUUUCAGAACGGGAUCCUCCACAGAUUCCAGUAUUUCAAGUUCCAUCUCAUGAGGAACCACGCUUUUCAUGUUUUGUUGAAUCUGAAGCUGCUGGGUCUGCAGUCAUGAUUAGCUAUAAGAUGCCAGUGGAUGAGCUGAAGACAGUGAAGGAUUACAAGGAUAUGCUUCUAGAAUCCAUGUUUCUCUAUGCUCUAAACCAGAGAUUCUUUAAAUUAUCUCGUAGAAAGGAUCCACCCUACUUCUCUUGCUCAGCUGCAGCAGAUGCUCUAGUUCAUCCAUUGAAGGCCUGUAUAAUGACUUCAGCCUGUAAAGAAAAAGGCACUCUAGAGGCCCUAGAAUCAAUGCUUCUUGAGGUUGCAAGAGUGCGAUUACAUGGUUUUUCAGAACGUGAAAUAUCAAUUGUUCGAGCUUUACUAAUGGCAGAAAUUGAAUCUGCCUAUCUGGAGCGUGAUCAAAUGCAAUCAACCAACUUGCGUGAUGAAUAUUUACAACAUUUUCUUCGAAAUGAACCGGUAGUUGGGAUUGAGUAUGAGGCUCAACUUCAAAAAACGAUUCUACCUCAAAUAUCGGCACUGGAAGUAUCCAAAUACUCAGAAAAGUUACAAACAUCAUGUAGCUGUGUCAUAAAGACAAUUGAACCUCAAGCUUCUGCUACAGUUGAUGAUUUGAAAAAAGUGCUACUGAAAAUAAAUGCUCUCGAGGCAGAAGGAAGCAUUUCUCCUUGGGAUGAUGAGAACAUUCCAGAGGAAAUUGUUGCUACAAAGCCAAAUCCAGGGAGUGUCCUGCAUCAGCUUGAAUAUUCAAACAUUGGGGCUUCUGAAUUAAUCCUAUCAAAUGGCAUGCGAAUUUGCUAUAAAUGUACGGACUUCCUUGAUGAUCAGGUUCUUUUUACAGGAUUCUCAUAUGGUGGUCUAUCUGAAAUCCCAGAAAGUGAUUACUUUUCAUGCUCCAUGGGAUCAACCAUUGCUGGAGAAAUUGGUGUAUUUGGUUAUAGGCCACCAGUUCUCAUGGAUAUGCUUGCUGGUAAGAGAGUUGAAGUUGGUACAAAGCUUGGAGCAUACAUGAGAACUUUUUCAGGAGAUUGUUCACCUUCAGAUCUGGAAACAGCUUUACAGCUUGUCUACCAACUGUUUACGACAAAUGUAACACCUGGAGAAGAAGAUGUUAAAAUAGUGAUGCAAAUGGCAGAGGAAGCAGUUCGUGCUCAAGAAAGAGAUCCUUAUACUGCUUUUGCAGACCGAGUUAAGGAGCUGAACUAUGGGAACUCCUAUUUUUUUAGGCCUAUUAGAAUUAAUGAUCUGCAGAAAGUUGAUCCAAUGAAAGCCUGUGAAUAUUUUAAUAGCUGCUUUAAGGAUCCUUCAACUUUUACAGUUGUGAUUGUUGGGAAUCUUGAUCCCACCAUUGCAGUUCCUCUGAUUUUGCAGUAUUUGGGUGGAAUUCCAAAACCUUCCGAACCUAUUCUCCACUUUAACCGGGAUGAUCUCAAAGGCUUGCCAUUUACUUUUCCUACAAGCAUAAUAAGAGAAGUGGUCCGAAGCCCCAUGGUGGAAGCACAGUGUUCAGUUCAGCUAAGCUUUCCUGUGGUGCUGAAGAAUGGGACAAUGGUAGAAGAGAUUCAUCGGAUUGGCUUCUUGAGCAAACUUCUUGAAACAAAAAUUAUGCAAGUUCUACGUUUCAAGCAUGGGCAGAUAUAUUCUGCUGGUGUAUCAGUAUUCCUCGGUGGUAAUAGACCUUCCCGGACUGGUGAUAUACGUGGUGACAUUAGCAUAAAUUUUUCUUGUGAUCCUGGAAUCUCCUCGAAACUGGUUGAUUUGGCUUUGGAUGAAAUAUUACGGCUUCAAGAGGAAGGACCUAAAGAUCAGGAUGUCUUGACUGUACUUGAACUUGAGCAAAGGGCCCAUGAAAAUGGACUGCAGGAGAACUUCUACUGGCUAGAGAGGAUUUUACGCAGUUACCAGUCAAGGAUCUACAAUGGUGAAUUGGGCACAGCCUUUGAGAUUCAAGAUGAAGGAAGGUCUAAUGUUAGACAAUCCCUUACAACAUCAGCAGUGCAGUUGACACUGCAAAGAAUACUGCCUUGUCCUUGCAAAAAACAGUACACUGCAGUCAUUCUAAUGCCUCAGACAUCCCGCAUUCAGUUGCUGAGGUCAUUCUUCCAAUCUACUCGGACUAGUUAUGCCAGAGAUGCCAAGAUUAUAGCAAGCAUUGCUGGUUGUACCGUUUUGGCUCUCACUUUCUGGAGAUAUUCAAGAAGUUCUCUAAGAUCUUAGGAGGUUUUUCUGUAGCAGAGGUUCAUAUACUUGGGAAAACGGAGAUUUGGAUACAAGUUUAGAAUUAUAUGUUAACGAUUUCAUAAAAUAAAUUAGAUUAAACGUUUGAUGGAAAAUAAAAAUCACCAAAACUAUAGGGGAAGCAUUUAGAAUUAUACAUGGGCCUAUUGCGUAAUAAUCAUCUAGGUCUGGUCAGUGUAUCAUCAUUCUUCAAUUCUUCGUUCCUUUAUCUUCCUUCACUUUCUUAUGUGGUGCAAGUGUAACAUUAUUUCCAUUAGUGAUUUAUUUUAUAUAUUCUAGAAAUACAUUGUAAACAAUAUACUUGUACUGUGAUCGAUUAGGAACAUUUACCACAGAUUCCUAGUAUUCCAUUGCAACAAUGAAAUUGUGUUUCUGGCUAA